GGCUUGUCUGCUAUAAAGUCUCGCUCUCAACCGGCAGUCUGUUGAGGAAAUUCUUUUAUUUUCCUUCCCGGCGGGUGGUGUGAAGACCCUGAGAAGACUUGGUCUAUUCAACCAGCACGCCAAGAACAUCUCUCCUCAGGUCUCCUCGUGGUUCAGAUCAGCCACCUCCCAAAGCACCACGCAGCGCUGCCUUAACGCCGCCACCUGCCACCUCUCGCACUGUAACCAAGCCAACCAAAAGCCUUCAAGAUGAUGCAGAUCAGCGUGGACCCCGCCAACAACAAGCACUCCCUCAUCAACGUCAUGCACCGCUUCAUCGCGGCUGCCAACAACAUGGACGAGACCAUCAUGGUGCCGAGCCUGCUGCGGGACGUGCCGCUAGAGGAGCGGGCCGCCGGCGAGUUGGACCCCAACGUAAACAACAACAACAACGAUGACCAAAAUCCCGAGCCGACGUGCACCAACAAGCAGAGGGACAUGUACGAGCACUACCUGCUCCUCAAGUCCAUAAAGAACGACAUGGAGUGGGGCCUGCUGAAGAGGGAGAUGAGCAGCGGCGCCAGCUUCCUGGAGAUGGCGGUGAAGCAGCAGGAGGAGCAGCAGCAGCAACACGCCGUCGAGAACACGGACCUGGAGAACCAGUUUCACUAUCACCUCAGGGGACUGUUUGGAGUUCUGUCCAAGCUCACGUUGCAGGCCGACCACCUCACCAACCGGUACAAGAGGGAAAUUGGCGGUGGAAACUUCAUGAGAUAGAAGUCACUAAAUUUCAUUUUUUUUCUUUUUUUUUUUUCUUCCUCCCACCCCAUGGACUGCUUGACCUGCACUAUGGGAUGUACUGAAGAGGUCUCAAUCUCUUCCUGAUCUUAAUGGUCUGUGAACCGACCAUGGGGGGGAAGACGUCUCACUCCCAACUUACUUUGCCAACACUUAGCUGGAACCAGUGACGCCUGCACGCGUCCCUCUGCCUCUGCAGAACGGACUCUGUGUGGCAGAGGUUUAUUGAAUUUGUUCCCCAAGUCCACAUGAAGCGCAGCACUUGUUCAUGGAGAAAUCUGGCCCUUUUUUUUUUUUUGUCUUUUUCAUUUCAAGUUUAAACAUGAAAUGGUCACCAGUUUGUGAAUAAAAUAAAGUUUCUGACUGUAGGAGAAUUGAAUGCUGGUUAUUCUGUCCCUCCUUUUUUAAAACAUAUAAUUUAACGCUGAGCUGAAGGGCUCUUAAACCUGUUGAGGUUGCUAAAUCUUUCCACUUGGUAUUACUGUAACAUGGUGUGCCUUGACUUGACUAAAUAUUUUUUGUUGUAUACACACAUGCCCCGUUCACUUACCAUUGUAUGACUGCUUAAAUGAUUUAUGAUAUUAAGUUGUUUGUCCUUUUGAUUUUUCAAAUGUUGAAUUGAAACGGUAAAGCUGAAAUAAAUAUUUGAAACUCA